AUGUUAAUAUAUGGAUAUAUCAAUGACCCGCGAGAUGUCUUAGAGCCUGCGAUAACAGAAGCCCGUGCAUGGGCCUCCCCACAAACGGUUCAUGAAACAGUGCGGAUACUCCCCGCAAACAACACCGGGACCCCGAUAUCGGGCGAAUGGUGUCAAGUUGAUGGGGCGUGCAAGGAGACAGAAUGUCAUGCGGGGCUUGGUUGGUAUAACUUCGAUCCGAGUUUAGGUUCAAUUUUGGUCGGUUCCUGUAACCUCCGGCGGGGGUUAUCUCCUUUGCAGACAGAAUUGGAGGCUUUGGUUUGGGCGUUCGAGAUUUUGCUCAAGGAGGUGGAGAAGUGCAAAAGGAAGUUCCAUGUUUUCUCGUUAACCCACAUUCCAAGGACGAAGAACACAAACGCAGACAAGCUAGCACGGAGUGCUCGAGAUCAGCCUUAUGAUGUGUAUUAUGUAAACUCAAUUCCACCGGCUACGCUCCCCAUACCAAGAUAG